AUGGCAAGAAAGCCCAUUCUUGACCAGCUGCGAGGUUCUAGCAUCGUGCGUUCGUUCCAGACAGAGGUGGAAAAGCAGAGCAGAGCAGCAAGAUGCGACAACAGUGAGGGUCCGUCAAAACGUCUCGGAGAAGUCAUGUUGAUGGAGGAAAAGAGGAAGCGUCUCAACCUCUUUGUGGUCCUCAUGUUCAUCCACCUGGAGCCGAAGAAGGAUCAAAGGGCAGGUCAUCAUCAAUCAACGACCACUCCACGAAGAGUACUGUUGGAUACAGGCGCCGAUUUCAAUCUGAUUUCUGACGACGCACACACUGAGCUCGAUCUGACCAAACAGCCAUAUAAGGGCCGUGUGCAUUCGAUUGGUGGAUACACCGAACUCAGCAGCACCGUCAUCCUUCAGUGGCAUUUUCGGAGUUACAGUUCCGAAGCGGACCAGAGUUCCCGUUCAUAUCGUGCGCCGUUCUAUGUUUUGCCUCCAGACUCCGAAGCCAAAUUCGACUGCAUCCUCGGGCGACCGUGGAUCGAGGAGAACUGGAGUGACUUCGUCACUUUGGUUGAGCACAACCGAAGAAAGGAAACGGCAGCAUGA